AUGGAUUUAUUUCUAACAAUUCUAAGAUCAGUUGACGGUACGAAACAGGCUAAGACUCUUGGCUUGAAACCAGAAGAAUCAAAACUGUCACCAAUAGUACCAGUAACUGAAAAUCCCGCAGAUAUUUAUUGGUCAAAUGAUAACAAAGCAGAAAAACAGCAAUACCAGGAACCACCAAAUACAGGAGGAUAUGAAGAAAAAGUCGUGUUUAAAGAUCAGCAAGAACCAAACCAAAAAGAAUCUGGUUUAUAUGGAUUAGAUUCUCAAGAUUUCUCGCUAGUAAAUAAAGAUGCACCAGUUAAACCUAAUUCUGUUUUCGAUGUGGUUUCAAAGGAUAAGCAAAUUUUCAAUAAAAAAGAAGAAGACCACAGUAAAGAACAUUCUUUAGAUUUCAAUAAAUCUGAAGAAUCAGAACGUGGGUUUGACCCUACAUCAGAAAAAGAAGAUUCGAAUGAAAUUGAAAAAACUACUUUGAAACCCGAGUUUGAAUUAGAUCAACAACAUGAUGAUCGACGCACCGAUGAUGAAGAUGAUGCAUUAAUAAAAAUUAAUAAUGAUUCUAAUGUAGAAAACGCCGGAAACAGCAAAGAAUAUGUCGCUAUACUUAAUCCCAAAUUAGGGACAGAUUUUGGAAGUUCACAAAUAGACAACGAAGAUACUGAAAAUGUUUCAGAUGAAGUAACAGUUGGUCCAUACAUCUAUACGCAUAACGACACAUUAUCGUCAAGUGAAUCAAAUGCACCUGUUUCUAAAGAAAAUGUAUCAUCUGAUGAUUCGUAUGCUACACCAGUGACAGAAAAUAAUAACGAUUUUUUAGAACAACCAAAAGAAAUCACUGAUUCAGAAGAUGUAAGUAAAGAAUUGACUGAGUCAACGCAACCUGAUGAAGAUAAAACUCCAAGCGAAGAAGUUGCUAAUGCACAUAAAGAUCACGAAUUCGAAAUUUUCGGUUUAGAAGAUUCUGAAGAGACUUCUAAAGUAGGAAAAUCUAAUAAAUUAUCAUUGCUGCUCACACUACUAAAAGGACUACCUAAAGACAAAAGAGCUAGAAUACUGUUACUGCUAAAGGCUCUAAAGGCAAAACAUACAGAUGGUAAUCAUGUAGAAAGUGUAGACGAUAUUACUGAUGCAAAUAAUUCUGCUGCAGAGUUGGAAUCACUGUUAAAAGGCUUGAAAGGAGAACCUAAGGAUAAAUUAGCAGAAAUAUUGCUACAUUUCAUGGCGAAGAAAAAGGCACAUCCUAAAUUAUUAGUCAAAUAUAAAGUAGCCUUAAAAAGUAAUGGACAGACUGAAGCUAAUAACGAUUUAUCAGAUCAAAGCGGGUCUGAUGAUUCUGACUCAAAAAAUAAUGAUUCUGAUGAAGAAAAACGUCCGAAACUUCACCUAAAGUGGAAUGUACAUCUCAAACCUACAAAUGACUUGAAAGGAUUGCUUUUCCAAAUAAUCUCCAAGUUCAAUCAACUCGGAAUAUCAGAUGAAGCAUUGCAAGAAAUAAAUUCUGAUCUUGAUAAUGCUCUGACUGAAAACGAUGACGUCAGUGACUGUCAAAGCAAGGUACUUAACGAAAAAAUUAAUGAAAUAAAGAAAGGUUUUCAAAAACUAUUGAAACUAAGACAGGAAGGAGAUUCUGAUGCGAGCAGUGAAAAUGAUCAAUAA